AUGGUUGUGCGUGAGCAGCAUUGCUGGCACUGUGAGCAACUGGUCCAUACCGAAUCGUCAGCCUCCUCUAAUUCCGACUCGGCAUUCUCCGACGACGGCUUCAAUGUCGACUGCGACUGCAGGGACUCUUGGAUCUUUCAGCGAAGCUGCUCCAUCAAGAAAGGCGACCUGAUCUCUGGACUGGAGCUGAAGCGAGCGACAGAGUCAGCGAGCUACUCCUCGCUCUUCUACUCCUCACAGCCGAUGACGGCUGCGCUCACCAGGCUGCCCUUUAGGAUUUUCUUUGCCUUCAUGUCCUCCAUCUUGACUUACUACUUCCAAAACGACUUGGUCUUCCUCCAGAGCGAUGCAGUGAGGCUGAGCUCGAGGUUUCGCUUCACUGCCCUUGAGCUCAGGAACGAGAUGUGCCCCCUGUCCAGCAACGUGCACUCCGUAGGACUCCUCCUCAAGGACCGAGUGGUGCCGCUGCCGCUGCGCUCAUUGGAGCGCCAUGGCUCCUCCAUCGAGAUCUCUCUUCCUUCCCCCGUUCCUUGGAAUGGCUGGUUCUUCAACACCUCCAUGGAGGACCUGAGCUUCGACCCCGUCCGUUUCACCUUCGAGGCUUUCGACGCAGACUCGCAGUCGUGGACGCUCGUUGGGUCCUCCAGCUACCUCACCAUCUCUUCAACAAGCACCUUCUUCCAUGGCCGCUACCCGACGACGGAGGAGCGGGGCAAGCUCGAGAUGCAGAGCAGGAGGCCGCACUUCCCGCAGAAGAUGCAGCUCGUCACCAACCUCAUGGUCGCUGUCUUCACCGGACUGACGGGGCUGAGCGGGGCGAUCGGCCUAGAGAGGUGCGGGAGGAGCCUGUUGAGCUUUGUCGUCAUGUGGUGUGCGCUGUCUGACGCAGCCAUCGCCGUGUGGGUGUGGACGUGUGGAGGUGAAACUCAGAUGUGCGAGAAAGGAAGUUGGACGCACUGGCAUGCCUUGUCAUCUGCCCUGCAGUACAGCCUCGCCUUUCUCUUCCUCGCGGGCCUCAGCAAGGAGCACGUGCAGUCCUUCUUCAUCACCAUCGGGACCUUCUCGAUGGCCUCGGCCCUUGUGCUGCUCCACUCCCCGUACGAUGGGCCAUACUCUUCCUCCGUGUGGUACUUCGUGAUCAGCAUCCCCUGCCUGAGCAUUGCGAUCUCUGUCUUCAUCAGCAGGAGCAUCAUCGUCGCAACUGCGAAGCAGCUCGUGAGAGACGACAAGGACAGGUACAGGGAGCUGUGGAGUCAGAUCAUGGCCACGCAAAAGCAAGCGCUGCUCGAUCUCGACAGGUUGGUGCGGCAUGUCCAGAACGGCUGUACCAGGGACGCAGUUCAGUAUCAGCCUCCCUCCCAUAUCUGCCGCCUCAUGCCCGAGACUUGUCUGGACCGCCUGUACGCUGGAUCAAGUGUCGUCGACCCCCUCCUCCGGGAGAAGACGCUGCUGUGGGCCUCGAAGGGGGCGGGCCUCCUUCCCUGCAUCGUGUGCAGCGAGUGUCCCAAGUACCUCCGGCUGAUGUCGACGGACGGGCGGGAGGUGACGUGCGUGAAGUGGGCGUCGCUGAAGAAGAGGGAGCGAGCGAUUGAGAAGAUCGUGCGCAUCUACUCGAGCGAUGUCUCGAAGAUCCUCGACAUCGUCCGCCAGUCCAUCAUCUUCGACUCGGUCGCAGACCUGACGUCCUGCCUCCGCGUCAUCUUCGAGGACGAGGACGUCGAGCUAGUGCGCGUCAAGAACCGACUUGACCGCAGGUACGACGCCAGCGCGACUGCUGGCUACAGAGACGUCCUGCUCAACCUCCGCUUCUUGUCUGCCAAGUGGUACGUGUGCGAGCUCCAACUCAUCCUCCGGGAAUAUGCCGAGCUCAAGACCGACUCCGGUCACUCUCGCUAUGUGUCAUGGCGUAACGCUCUGUGCACCUGA